AAUUUUAAACCAAUCGUCGCUCGAUAUCAAUUCAGCUGAUAGAUUCAAAACGUUUCUUGUUUUCUCAAAACAAAGUACUACUGAUACACGCUUUCUGAAGUGUGGAAAUAAAGCGUUUCUGCUGAAUUAUCGAGGACGAUUUUUCGUAGGGAUUCUGGAAUCACUUUGUUUUUCGUAGCAAGGAAAAUUUAUAACGGAAUCCAGCGGACGAGACGACACAGUAGAAGAGAAAGAUGGGGCAGUUUGCAGUGAAGAUUAAGCAGAUGGCAGAAAGACUGGAAUUGAACAAGGAUAAAAGAAAUCCCACACGUCUCUCCAAAUCACUCCUCGAGAUAAGCAACAAACAGACCAGCACUACAGACCUAAGGUCAGCUGGACAACAAACAAGAGAAUCAAUAAUGCUGCUAGAAGUCAUGAGUAAACUAGAGCUGAUCGAAACUGUUGUAGAAAACCAAAGACAGAUCAUGGGGGACCAGGAGGCCAAGUUGCGAGCCCUGGAGAACACCGUAAGGAAUGCUCAGGUGGCUUUGAGUAAGGUGAAAAAGACAGCAUGUGAAGACGAAGUUUCAGAUGUUGAAGCGUCCAGAGAGACACCUCUGGGUCGACUUUUUGACUCGAUAUUCCAAGAAAAGUCAAAAAACGAGGAAGACACCAAAGACCCACAGGAGAUGAUAAGACAGCAUGAAGAAACACUUAAAAACCAUGAACAGAGGAUUGAAGCGGUUAUUGAAAAGAUUCAGAUUAUCUGGGACAGAAUCAUGCAAGACAAAGAAUCAAAUUCAAGGUUGGAUGCUCAACAAGAGGAGAUCAACGAACUCAAGAAGAUGGUCGACUGUCUUCGCCAUAAUCACGACGCAUUGAAGACCGAGAGCCACAGUGAACUGGAGAUACAACAGAAGACUCUAGAUAAUCUGUUCGCUGGGUUUGUUGUUGCUUUUCUUCUUCUCGUCUUUAUAUGUAUCAACUGCAAAUAACGCAAAAAAACUCGAACCGUAUCAGUCGGUUGACUAAAGGUGCUGACACACGGUGCAACAUUGCAAGCAACAAAUUUGAAUCGGGCUGACACACAUUACAACAAAAUCACGCAACAUCGCUUGUG